AUGGGUUGGGUGAUGUUAAUUAUAUUACUAUGCAUAACAAUCUUGGGGGUUAGAGGUGAAGACCCUUACUUGUUUUUCGUAUGGAACAUCACAUAUGGAACUCUGUCUCCUUUGGGAGUUCCCCAGCAAGUUAUUCUCAUCAACGAUAAGUUUCCAGGACCCGAAAUCAACUCUACAAGCAACAACAAUCUUGUGAUUAAUGUCUUCAAUAACCUUGACGAGCCUUUCCUUUUGACAUGGAGCGGCGUCCAACAGAGGAAGAACUCUUGGCAGGAGGGUAUGCUUGGAACCAACUGCCCCAUCCCUCCUGGAGCCAACCACACUUAUCAUUUCCAAGUUAAGGAUCAGAUUGGGAGCUUCCUUUACUACCCAAGCACAGCCUUGCACAAGGCAAGUGGUGCAUUUGGUGGCCUUCAUAUCAACAGCCGUUUGCUUAUCCCUGUCCCUUAUCCCGAUCCUGAGGAUGACUACACUGUCAUUGUUAAUGACUGGUACACCAAGAGCCACAAAGCUCUCAGGGAUCUGUUGGAUAGUGGACGCACCAUUGGCCGACCGGACGGAGUCCUCAUUAAUGGCAAAAACGCUAAGGGUGAUGGCAAGGACGAGCCCCUCUUCACCAUGAAACCUGAAAAGACCUACAAGUACAGGAUUUGCAAUGCUGGGCUCAAGACAUCCAUCAACUUCAGGAUACAAGGCCACCCAAUGAAGCUUGUUGAGAUGGAGGGCUCCCAUGUGAUGCAGAACGUCUACGAGUCCCUUGAUGUGCAUGUUGGCCAAUGCCUUAGUGUGCUUGUGACCGCCAACCAGGUUCCUAAGGACUACUAUAUGGUGGCUUCAACCCGAUUCUUGAAGACCGUCGUCACUGGUAAGGGCAUCAUUCGAUACACCAAUGGCAAGGGACCAGCAUCACCUGAGCUCCCAGAGGCACCUGUGGGAUGGGCUUGGUCUCUCAAUCAAUUUCGUUCCUUCCGCUGGAAUCUCACAGCCAGUGCUGCCAGGCCAAAUCCUCAGGGCUCCUACCAUUAUGGAUCCAUCAACAUCACCCGUACUAUCAAACUCGUUAACUCAGCCAGCGGGGCAGGAGGGAAGCUUCGUUAUGCAAUCAACGGUGUUUCUCACACUAAUCCAGAGACCCCACUCAAACUAGCCGAGUAUUACGGGAUCGCAGAAAAGGUUUUUAAGUACGACACCAUUCCUGACGACCCACCUGCUAAAACAGGCGAGAUUGUGACACAGCCCAACGUCCUCAACAUGACUUUCCGAAACUUUGUGGAAAUCAUCUUUGAGAAUCCUGAGAAGAGCAUGCAAUCAUGGCACUUGGAUGGGUAUUCCUUCUUUAAAGUCGCUGUGGAGCCUGGCACAUGGACUCCUGAGAAGAGGAAUCACUACAAUCUUCUCGACGCAGUUAGCAGGACCACAGUGCAGGUAUUUCCUAAAUCGUGGGCAGCAAUCUUCUUGACAUUUGACAACGCUGGAAUGUGGAACCUAAGGUCUGAAUUGUGGGAGAGGACCUACCUGGGACAACAGCUUUAUAUGAGUGUUCUUUCUCCAGCGCGCUCUCUGAGGGAUGAAUACAACAUGCCUGACAACGCUUUGCUAUGUGGUUUAGUGAAGGACAUGCCGAAGCCCCAACCUUACAGCGUUUAAUUAAACUUUCUAUGAUCGAUAGUGAUAGAGGAGCGUGACUGGAAGGAUCAAAUAUUUGACAUAUUUGUGUGAUUGUGCAAGAACUCAGGAUAGAUGAUGGCACACAAUAAUAGUGGUUGGGACAAUCAUCACUUGGUCGUUUCAAACCCUUUCAAAA